GGGUCCCGCAGCCCCGAUAAAUCGCGCAGCAAAGCCCCAUCGGAGGGUCCCGCAGCCCCGAUAAACCGCGCAGCAAAGCCCCAUCGGAGGGUCCCGCAGCCCCGAUAAACCGCGCAGCAAAGCCCCAUCGGACGGUCCCGCAGCCCCGAUAAAUCGCGCAGCAAAGCCCCAUCGGAGGGUCCCGAAGCCCCGAUAAAUCGCGCAGCAAAGCCCCAUCGGAGGGUCCCGAAGCCCCCCGGGAGCGGGGCAGCCCCGGAGCCCCCUCGGAGGAGGCUCCCGGAGCCCGUCGGCGAGCGGCGGUGCCCGGGGGCUCCCCCCCCGGUCCCUCCAUGGACUGAGAUGGCCUCGGAGCUGGCCAUGAGCGCGGAGCUGCCCACGAGCCCCCUCGCCAUCGAGUACGUGAACGACUUCGACCUGAUGAAGUUCGAGGUGAAGAAGGAGCCGGCGGAGGCGGAGCGGCUGUGCCACCGCCUGCCCGCCGGCUCGCUCUCCUCCACGCCGCUCAGCACGCCCUGCUCCUCCGUGCCUUCCUCGCCCAGCUUCUGCGCCCCCAGCCCCGGCGGGCAACCGGCCCCCGGCCCGCCGGCCACCAGCGCCGCUUCCCUGGGCUCCAAGCAGCAGCUGGAGGAGCUGUACUGGAUGUCGGGCUACCAGCACCACCUCAACCCCGAAGCUCUCAACCUGACGCCGGAGGACGCGGUGGAGGCGCUGAUCGGCGCUCCCCACCACCACCACCACCACCACCAGGGCUACGAGCCCUUCCGGCCUCAGCCCUUCGCGGGCGAGGAGAUGCCGCCGGCCGCCCACCACCACCCCGGCCACCACCACCACCACCACCACCACCACCUCCGCCUGGAGGACCGCUUCUCCGACGACCAGCUGGUGAGCAUGUCGGUGCGGGAGCUCAACCGGCAGCUGCGGGGCUUCAGCAAGGAGGAGGUGAUCCGCCUCAAGCAGAAGAGGAGGACCUUGAAGAACCGCGGCUACGCUCAGUCCUGCCGCUACAAGCGGGUCCAGCAGCGGCACAUCCUGGAGAACGAGAAAUGCCAGCUGCAGAGCCAGGUGGAGCAGCUCAAGCAGGAGGUGACCCGCCUGGCCAAGGAGAGGGAUCUGUACAAAGAAAAAUACGAGAAGUUGGCCGGCCGGGGCUUCGCGAGGGAACCCUCCCCGUCCGCCGCCCCCAAAGGCGCCGCCGACUUCUUCAUGUGAGCCCCGCGGGCUGGUGGGAUGGGGUGGGAUCCACUCUCCACUCUCCCCCUCUCCCCUUUUUUGUUGUUGUUGUUGUUGUUCAUGCGGGGAGAGCAAA